AUGUCUCGGUUAGAAGGAUACUCUGACUUCAAAUACUUUCUGAUCUCAUCACCCUCUGAAUAUGUGGCUCAUGUCGAGAUCAACCGACCAUCUAAGCUGAACGCUUUCACGGAGGAGAUGUGGACCGAGCUAGGAACAGCAUUUGCGAGACUAUCUCACGAUCCCGAAGUUCGUGCUGUAGUCUUCUCCGCAGCCGGUGACCGGGCGUUCACGGCUGGCCUAGAUGUACAAGCGGCUAGCCAGGGAGGCCUUGUAGGGGGUAGUGGUGAGAAGCUAGAUAUGGCAAGGCAGGCAACGAAACAUCGGCGUCAGAUUGUCCAGUUCCAGGACUGCAUAGGCCAGAUAGAGAAAUGCGAGAAGCCUGUGAUCCUUGUGAUGCACGGCAUAUCCAUCGGCCUGGCUAUCGAUAUUGCCUGCUGUGCUGACAUUAGAAUAUGCUCGAAAGACACCAAGUUUGCCGUGAAGGAGGUCGAUAUUGGCAUGGCCGCAGAUAUAGGGACUUUAAGCAGACUACCCAAGAUCGUCUCGAGUUUUUCGUGGGUGAAAGAUGUCUGCUUGACAGCUCGAGGCUUCGGUGCCGAUGAGGCCCUCGCUGUCGGGUUUGUGAGCCAGGUACUAGAAACCAAGGCCAAGGCCGUCGAGGUGGCUGUAAAGUUAGCGACUUUUAUAGCCUCGAAAAGCCCUGUCGCCGUCCAGGGCACGAAAGAACUCUUGAACCAUGCGAGAGACAAUACUGUUGCAGAUAGCUUGAGAUACACCAGCAUAUGGAACCAAGCGAUGCUCCAAUCCGAUGACUUCAAAUCCGCAUUGCUCUCUGGACUGAAAAAGACCAAGCCAAGAUUUGAGAAACUAUAG